UGGACUGGUGGCAAUGCAUUCACAAAGAUAACGACAAUGUGCUUGGAUGAAGAUACUACAUUUGGGUAUGGAAUUUAUAAACCCCUACUCGUGGUCUAUGCUGGCAACACACUCGCCGUUCGGAUCCUUUACCCCAUAUAUUGGGGUUUAAUUAACCUCGGCUCCUUUGCCAACAACCUUAUCCCUACAAGUGACUGGCUUGAACUCAUAUUCUCUUGCUGUGUAACGCUUGUGGGCUUGGGUCUCUUCAUUACAUUGCUUGGAAAUAUCCAGAUAUUUCUGCAUUCGGUGAUGGAAAAUAAGAAGAAAAUGCAGUUGAAAUAUCGAGACAUGGAAUGUUGGAUGAAGCGAAGACAGUUGCCAUCUCAUUUGAGGAAGAGAGUUCGCCAUUUUCAACGUUGCAGUUGGGCAGCCAUGCAAGGGCUAGAUGAGCUUGAGUUGAUCCAGCAUUUCCCCGAUGGCCUCCGCAGGGACAUCAAGCGUUACCUUUGCCUAGAUCUUGUCAAGCAGGUACCGUUAUUUCAUAAGUUAGAAGAUGUUAUUCUUGACAACAUCUGUGAUCUUGUACGGCCAAUUAUCUACUCCAAGGGUGAAAAGUUGAUUAGAGAAGGAGACCCCGUACAAAGAAUGAUGUUCAUAGUUCGUGGACGCAUAAAACGCAGUCAAGGCCUCAGCAAAGGGUUCCUAGCCACCAGUGUGCUUGAACCCGGCAGUUUCUUUGGUGACGAGCUUCUCUCGUGGUGCCUUCGCCGCCCAUUUAGAGGUCGACUUCCUCCCUCUUCAGCAACAUUUACUUGCAUGGAAUCAAUUGAGGCAUUUGGUUUGGAUGCAAAUUGUCUUCACUACAUCAUCGAUCAUUUUCGUUACAAAUUUUCGAAUGAAGGGCUCAGACGUACAGCGAGGUAUUACUCGUCGAAUUGGAGAACGUGGGGGGCUGUGAUCAUACAACUUGCUUGGCAUCGUCAUAGAAUGAGGACUAAGGAUGUGAUAAUGGUGCAAAGUGGGGACAUUGAGAAUCGGCUUCGGCUAUAUGCUGCUUUCUUUUUGUCGCUAAAGCCACAUGACCAUCUUGACUAG